AUGGAUUCAAUUUUUUUUAAAUAUUCUUUUUUCUUGCAGUAUAUUUACAUUUUCUUUUUACACGUCUUUCUUGUCAUAAAUUAUUUCUGUAUACUAUUGCUACCCACUCUCUAUCUACUCUCAACUUUUUCACACAGGCUAUUCCAUCUCUACUCUCCUUCUCUAUUACUUUAUUCAAUCUCUGAUCUUCCCGCUCUCUCUCUCUCUCUCAUAUAUAUAUAUAUCCUAUUUUCCUUCCCACCUUUCUUACUAUCCUAUCUAUUAUCGCCCUUUCUCUCUAUCCUGUCCCUCUUCUCCCUUUCUCUCUAUCCUGUCCCUCUUCUCCCUUUCUCUCUAUCCCGUCCCUCUUCUUCUUUUCUCUCUAUCCUUUCCCUCUUCUCCUUUUCUCUCUAUCCUGUCCCUCUUCUUCUUUUCUCUCUAUCCUGUCCCUCUUCUCCUUUUCUCUCUAUCCUGUCCCUCUUCUCCUUUUCUCUCUAUCCUGUCCCUCUUCUCCUUUUCUCUCUAUCCUUUCCCUCUUCUCCUUUUCUCUCUAUCCUGUUCCUCUUCUCCUUUUCUCUCUAUCCUGUCCCUCUUCUCCUUUUCUCUCUAUCCUGUCCCUCUUCUCCUUUUCUCUCUAUCAUGUCCCUCUUCUUCUUUUCUCUCUAUCCUGUCCCUCUUCUCCUUUUCUCUCUAUCCUGUCCCUCUUCUCCUUUUCUCUCUAUCCUUUCCCUCUUCUCCUUUUCUCUCUAUCCUGUCCCUCUUCUCCUUUUCUCUCUAUCCUGUCCCUCUUCUUCUUUUCUCUCUAUCCUGUCCCUCUUCUCCCUUUCUCUCUAUCCUGUCCCUCUUCUCCCCUUUCUCUCUAUCCUGUCCCUCUUCUCCUUUUUCUCUCUAUCCUGUCCCUCUUCUUCUUUUCUCUAUCCUGUCCCUCUUCUCCUUUUCUCUAUCCUGUCCCUCUUCUCCCUUUCUCUCUAUCCUGUCCCUCUUCUUCAUUUCUCUCUAUCCUGUCCCUCUUCUCCCUUUCUCUCUAUCCUGUCCCUCUUCUCCCUUUCUCUCUAUCCUGUCCCUCUUCUCCCUUUCUCUCUAUCCUGUCCCUCUUCUCCCGUUCUCUCUAUCCUUUCCCUCUUCUCCCUUUCUCUCUAUCCUGUCCCUCUUCUCCUUUUCUCUCUAUCCUGUCCCUCUUCUCCUUUUCUCUAUCCCUGUCCCUCUUCUCCUUUUCUCUCUAUCCUGUCCCUCUUCUCCUUUUCUCUCUAUCAUGUCCCUCUUCUUCUUUUCUCUCUAUCCUGUCCCUCUUCUCCCUUUCUCUCUAUCCUGUCCCUCUUCUCCUUUUCUCUCUAUCCUGUCCCUCUUCUCCUUUUCUCUCUAUCCUGUCCCUCUUCUCCUUUUCUCUCUAUCCUGUCCCUCUUCUCCUUUUCUCUCUAUCCUGUCCCUCUUCUCCUUUUCUCUCUAUCCUUUCCCUCUUCUUCUUUUCUCUCUAUCCUGUCCCUCUUCUCCCUUUCUCUCUAUCCUGUCCCUCUUCUCCCUUUCUCUCUAUCCUGUCCCUCUUCUCCCUUUCUCUCUAUCCUGUCCCUCUUCUCCUUUUCUCUCUAUCCUGUCCCUCUUCUCCUUUUCUCUCUAUCCUGUCCCUCUUCUCCCGUUCUCUCUUCUAUCAGUCUCUCUAUCCUGUCCCUCUUCUAUCAGUCUCUCUAUCCUGUCCCUCUUCUAUCAUUUCUAUCUUUCUUUCUUUGCACAGUCCCUGCUCUCUCUCUCAAUCUAGUGAACACUUUCUCACUCAUUUCUCUUCAUUAUUAUUUGUUAUUUUUCUUUUUAUUAUUUUCUAUCUUUUCCUUACAUUUUCUACAAAUUUCUUUCCCACAUACAUUUUUAUAUUCUCAUGUGAGCCAAUCAAAAUUCCUCUGA